AUGGCGCCCGCGUCCCCCCUCCCGCUCGCCGACGAGUGGCAGGAUGCGGAUUCCUAUGUCGACUCGCUGCUCUCGUUCGCAACGUCGACCCACCUGUUUAUCAAUCUGUGUGGUGGGGUUCACAUCCUCGAUUUCCUGACCCGCGAGCCCGACCUCUACACGACGCUGCUGCCGGAAGACUGGCGGCUGUUCUUCGACAGGCACGAUGUGCAGGACAUCCUCCACCUCCUCCUGAGGGAGGAUCUCUCCCAGUUUGAGUCCAGCCCCAACGACGAUGCGACGGCAGAAGAUGUGCACCCGCAGCAGGAACGGACGUGGAAAGGGGGUCCGCUGCCUCCCAGGUCCCUCCUGGAUUACAUCCGAAACAUUCGACGGCUGAGUCUGAGACGGGACGUCUCCCCCCAGGUUUCUUCCAAGCAGAGGGCCAUCCCGAGACGCAUCGCGGUUGGCAUGAAAACAAAGAAGCUCCAUGAGGUCGCAAACUUUUCCCAGUACGUCGACUCUCUGUGCGCUGAUGUCGCUGAGACCAGAGGGGAGCCCGUCACCCAUAUCGUCGACUUUGGCUCAGGCCAAAAUUACUUGGGACGGACGCUGGCCAGUCCGCCGUACAAUCGACACGUGAUUGCCAUCGAGCGCGUGCAUGACAAUAUCCGCGAAGCCCGAGACAUGGACGUCCACGCGAAACUGGCGGAGAAGAAACUCGUCCUGCGAAACAAGAAGGAGUACCUCAAAACCCCUAUACAGGAAUUCGGAUGCAUCUCCACCCCGUUCAGAGGAAGCGAGCAAAAACGACCCUGGGAGGAAGAGGACGAUGUAAAAGUGAUCAAUGUUUUCAGCGAGCUUGAUCUGGACCCGGAUGAUCUGAGCCCCUCUCCGGAUCCUCGCAAUGGCAUUCGCAGGGAACGAGCCAAGGACGAUCAGAUCCAGCUCACAGGAUCAAUGCAUUAUAUCGAGCAUGAGAUCCAGGACGGCUAUCUCGAGCCCAUCAUCCGUCACGUCGUCCAGCCUUCUUCAUCGGUGGACUCAAAAGCAGGAGCAAACUCAACAACAGUAGAGGUAACCAGUGAAGAUCAAAAGGCCAACGAUGCGAGAGUAAUGGUGGUCUCUCUCCAUUCGUGCGGCAAUCUCAUCCAUCACGGUGUGAGAUCGCUGGUUCUGAACCCGUCGGUUGUCGCGGUAGCCAUGAUCGGCUGCUGCUACAAUCUCAUGACCGAGAGACUCGGCCCGGCCACUUGGAAACUUCCGGUCCUUCGAUCCCUACAUCCCCGUCUGGAGAGCACAGGUACCGCCUAUGAUCCACACGGCUUUCCCAUGUCCAAGCGUCUGGCGGAGUAUCCUCAUGCCAGCGGGACGGGGAUCAAGCUGAACAUCACCGCGCGGAUGAUGGCCGUACAAGCCCCAUACAACUGGGGCAAAGAAGACAGCGAAGCCUUCUUCACCCGCCAUUUCUACCGCGCACUGCUCCAACGGGUCCUCCUCGACCACGGCGUCGUCCCCAAGCCUACCGUCCCUGCGAGUUUCGAAGAGCUUGCAAGCGGUGAAUCCGAGCAGGGCGGACCCUCGGGGACGCCUCUGAUCGUCGGCUCGCUGCGCAAGGCCGCAUACGCGUCCUUCCCGGCCUAUGUGCAGGCAGCGCUGACCAAACUGACGCGGGACCCGACGCACGGCGACAAGAUCGCCAAGCUGCUCCAGGAACUCACGACCGAAGAACUGGAGCAGUACGUCCGGGACUACAUGCACGCGAAGAAGAACCUCAGCGUCGUCUGGAGCCUGAUGGCGUUCAGCGCGGCAGUGGUCGAGGCCAUCAUUGUCGUCGACCGGUGGCAGUUCCUGCGCGAGUACAUCCCGGCGGGCAUCGUCAAGGAGUGCUGGGUCGAGCCGGUCUUUGACUAUGCGGAGAGUCCGCGGAAUCUUGCGGUGAUUGGCAUAAAGCGGUAG